UUAACGUUAAACAUUGACAGAUUUCAGAAAGUUUUAGCGUUCAGAAUAAGAAUUCAACAAUGAGGAUUACGCUGCUUUUUCUUAUCUGCUUUGUGACCUUUGCUAGUGUAAAUGCCGCCAGAAACGAUUUUAUGCGAGAAGGGCAUUAUAAAGGUUAUAUUGGAUGUUUUGUUGACGAUGGACACAGAUUGUUGAGGCGAUUUGCAGGUGACGGUAAUAUGAGUCUAGGGAAGUGUAGACAUCUUUGCAGAGGAUAUAAAUAUCUUGGACUACAGUAUGCCAACCAGUGCUUCUGUGGUAACUAUCUCAAUCAUCGGGUAUAUCCACAAUCAUCAGAGUUACAAUGUCAUAUGGGAUGUACUUCAGAGCCACAUAGGAUGUGUGGUGGCACAUGGAGAAAUUCAGUCUACAAAGUUUAGUGACUUCAGCGACAAGGAAAAGAUUGGACCUACCGACACUUUUUAUUCUAAAUAAAAUAGAACUAUCCCAUC